UAGUCAUCAAUGGCUGAACUACCUGAUCAGGAAGAAUCAGAUGAAAUUCAUCCUAAACCCCUUCCUCUUAAUAAUAAAGAGUUAUGGUUGAUCUCUUUACCUUUUGAAAUUGAGCCGAGGACUUUGUCUGGAAAAAAAUUCCAACUGGGGUCUUCUUUAGUAAAAAGCAAAUGCAAGAAUCAAAAACUAAAGAUAAAUGAUAAAUCAUUUCGCGUUGAAGUAAUGCACCAGCCGUCAACGAACAGUUCAAGUAAAGUGACUCCUAUACUACCAGCAGGGAAAUCAGGAAAACUUUCAUUUCACAAAAUAAUGGGUGAGAUUGUAUUAAGAAGAGAACCAAAGAUUAAUGAUCACGUCACAGCAAUAGAGCCACCAGCAAUGAAGAAACAAAAAAUAGACGAAGACAUAGAUGAGCAAUGGACACAUUUAAAACAGAGAUGGAAGCCAUUUGGAUGGAAAACACCAUCAGUAAAAGGUACUGCAAAGGAUAAAAAGAAAAAGAAAAGGACAAAAGCUGAUUAAGAUCUAAACUUAUUUUUUUAAUGUAUCAUUAAUCUAUCUGUGUCAAUAAAGAUUGUUUUAGUGAUUCGCAUAUCAUGAUUAUAAAGAAUGAAAAAA